AUGUCGAUGCUUAUAAUGAGCAACGGUGCUGAGGUUUUUGUGCCUUUUCCUGAAAAACAAGAAGCUGAGGAUUAUUCAUGCAGUACAGGAAACUCUGUGGUCCUGCAGUGUGAUGAGAAAUACCUGUCUGCUGGAGAGGUCUUAGCAUUCCCAGGUCCUCUGUUGAGGGCUGAUAUGCAGAAGGACAAGCUGAUGAGGUUUAUCAAGCAGAAAUGUCAGGAGUGUUUGCUCCACCUGGAUGAACCCCAGCAACAGAAAUCCUUCUUUUUCUGGUCUAUUAUGGAGCGCUUCUGUAAUAGCAAUGGAAGUGUAAUGAUGUCUGAAAUAGCUGUGCUGCUCUUCAGUGGCUAUAGCCUUCUGAGGAAAAAGCUGGGACGUGCGAAGAACCAGGAGCAGUGGUGCCUUCCUCUGGCGAAGCUUUUAUGCUCUGCUGCACCAGAAGAGCAGCUCAGAGAAGACAUUAUUAAAAUGGGAAAUGAUUUUGCUUCCAGAAAUUGGACAUAUGCAGCAGAUAUCUGCUUCGUGCUGGCUCAGGUGGAGCUGGAAUCAAACCAAAGCUAUAAACUAAUCGGAUGUGAUAGUUUGCCACAGGAUAAACCAGCCCUGAUGGAAGCACUGGAGAGAACUGAGGUGUACGAGUAUGUGCUGUCUCUGACCUCAGGCUUUGGGCAGACAUGCUUCCAGGGUUUGAAGUUCUUUUAUGCCUUUGAGCUCUAUGAGCUCGGACAUUCUGCUCAGGCGCUGCAGUACUGCGAGACCAUGGCUGCAGAACUCAUCCGUUGUCCUUCACGCGCCCAUAAUGAACUGAUAAAGACACUCAGCGCGCUCAGUCGUGUACUGCUGAAAGAGGUGAAAAAUGAAGAAAUUGAGUGGCUGACAAAACUUCAGCAGCUGGAAGAGUCUCAGAAUGAAGCUCUGCCCCAGUUCCACCCUUCACAACACAGUGAAGUUGAUUCACUCUACACUAUAAGUGAGCUGCUAGGGAAAGGAGGAUUUGGCUCUGUCUACGCCGGAGUCCGUAAAACAGAUGGAAAACAGGUGGCCGUUAAAUGUGUAGCCAAAGAUACCUGCCAGAAGUACAUCACCUUGGUAAGUAAAUUCACAGAGCAGAUCUACACCAAGGCCAUGUUUGUGUUUACUUACUGCUACUAA